CAUAGAUUUCCGCAGAUCCAUGGUUUUCCUGUGAUUCCUCAAACUUUUCUCUGCCUUUUCUUCUUGUUUUUCUCUUUCAUCUACCAUUUUGUUGUUUCCUUGCUUUAAUUCAUCUCAUGAAUUAACAAGGGCUUAUCUUAAAUUCCCAGUCUUUAUUUGUUUUCUUGUUAUUUCUUUUGUUUUGUUUCACUUAUCAUGGUGAUUAUGGAUUUUCCUUCUCUUGCUUUUUCAUGUAUUGCUAUUGGAGUUAGAUAAUAGAUUAAUUAAGUGAAUAUUUGAGAGAUUAGAGGAAGUUGGGAGUUGAGAUCUAUAUAUGGUGACUCCUUUUUUGAAUGAUGGUGAUUGAUGUUCAUUUUUAGAUAUGACAUCUGAGGAUGAGACCGUCUGGCGGGCUCGUGAUGUUGUGGUGCGUGACAGCGAGGAAGAUGGUUCCUCGUCGUUGGAGGGGGAUGCGUUGGCCGACAGCUGCGGCUCGUUAUCGGUAGUGAGUGAUACUAGUAGCCUGUGUGGUGAUGAUUUCUUGAGCUUUGAGGCCAACUUUUCAGAGGUUGAGAAGGAACUUGCUUCAAUUUCGAGAAAUCCGGGCAAUGAUGUUCCCGUCUCUAAAGCAUCCACGACUGAUGUCCGGUUGGAUAAAGGGGUGGCUGGCAGGGGAAGCCGGAGUUUCUUUGAAGUGGAUUGCGUGCCUCUUUGGGGUCUCAGCUCCGUGUGUGGUAGGCGCCCGGAGAUGGAAGAUGCAGUCACAACUUUGCCACGAUUGCUGAAAAUCCCGAUCCGGAUGCUAACCGGUGAUCAAGGAGUUGAUGGAGGGACGACGUGCUUGAGUCAUCUGACAGGCCACUUCUAUGGAGUGUACGACGGUCAUGGAGGCUCGCAGGUAGCUAACUACUGUGGUGAUCAUCUGCAUCUUGCUUUGAAUGAAGAGUUGGAUGUGAUGAUAAACAACCUUGAUGAUAAUGCUAGCUGUGAAGAGAAGUGGAGGAGGGCUUUCACUAGGAGUUUUCUCAAGGUCGAUGAUGAGAUCGGAGGGAAGGCCAGCCUCGAGCCGCUUGCCCCCGAGACCGUGGGGUCCACGGCUGUUGUUGCCCUAGUAUGUUCUUCACAUAUAAUAGUGGCCAACUGUGGUGAUUCGAGAGGCGUGCUCUACCGUGGAAAAGAAGCUAUAGCCCUCUCCAUCGAUCAUAAGCCUAAUCGGGAAGAUGAGUAUGCACGGAUCGAGGCAUCGGGAGGGAAGGUCAUACAAUGGAACGGCCAUCGUGUCUUUGGUGUCCUUGCAAUGUCGAGGUCUAUUGGAGACAGAUAUCUGAAGCCCUGGAUCAUCCCCGAUCCGGAGGUGAUGUUCGUUCCACGGACGAGGGACGAUGAUUGCCUCGUUUUGGCGAGUGACGGCCUUUGGGAUGUCAUGACAAAUGACGAGGCCUGUGAUCUAGCUCGUAAAAGGAUACUACUAUGGCACAAGCACAACGGCUCCACUCUCCCGUUAGAACGGGGCCAGGGGAUCGACCCUGCAGCUCAGGCGGCUGCAGAGUACCUCUCGAACCGGGCGCUGCAAAAGGGCAGCAAGGACAACAUCUCCGUUGUUGUAGUCGACCUAAAGGCUCAAAGAAAGAUUAAGAACAAGACUUAAAAUAAAGAUUAGUAUUUGUGAUUUGCCCAUAUGUUUUAGUUAUGGUGUAUAGUGUUAGUGUCAAGUCAAGUCAUAAAAUUGAAACAGAGAUUAAUCAUAAUGCAGAAUUUCUUUCAUAUA